GCGCUGGCGUCAGUUCCGGCUGGGCCUGCCGCGAAGAUGGCGGCCGCCAGCCCCGAUCCGCCGCCGUUAAACGGCCCGGAGGAGCUGAUGGAGCCGCCGGGGGAAGAGGCUGAGUGCCUCAGCGUCUCGGAGGAGGUCUGGAACAUCAAGCAGAUGAUCAAGUUAACUCAGGAGCAUAUUGAAGCCCUGCUGGACAAGUUCGGGGGGGACCAUAAUCCACCCUCUAUCUAUCUGGAGGCUUACGAAGAAUACACGAGCAAGCUGGAUGCCCUGCAACAGCGUGAACAGCAAUUGUUGGAGUCCAUGGGGAAUGGCACAGAGUUCCCAAACAGUAAUCCCAGCCUGGCGGAGCUGAUGGAACCCUGCACCCACCUCACUGUCACUCAGAAUUGUCCGAGCCUAUUACAGAACCCAAGCGACAGUUUGAGGGCCAACCCCAAAUCUCCUCAGAAACCUAUUGUUCGAGUCUUCCUGCCCAACAAACAGAGGACUGUGGUCCCAGCGCGGUGUGGGGUGACUGUGAGAGACAGCCUGAAGAAAGCUCUGAUGAUGAGGGGACUGACCGCGGACUGCUGUGCAGUCUACAGGACGCAGGAUGGGGAGAAGAAGCCCAUUGGCUGGGACACGGACAUGUCCUGGUUAACAGGAGAAGAACUACAGGUGGAGGUGCUGGAACAUGUUCCACUGACCACGCAUAACUUUGUUCGAAAGACGUUUUUCACUCUGGCGUUCUGCGAUUUUUGCCGUAAGCUUCUGUUCCAGGGUUUUCGUUGUCAGACGUGUGGAUACAAGUUCCACCAACGUUGUAGCACUGAGGUCCCCCUCAUGUGUGUCAACAUCGACCAGCUAGAUCUGCUCAUUCUUUCCCGAAUCUAUGAAAACCAUCCCAUUACACAAGACGAUGUAUCAUCUGGAACAACGCCACCGGGUUUGGGGAUGUAUCCUUCAGUUCCACCGUCCGAUUCCACAGGGUCCCUAUCUCACACCACUGCCUCCCCGACGAAAUCGAUUCCAAUCCCACAGCCUUUCAGACCUGGUGAGGAAGACCAACGCAAUCAAUUUGGGCAGCGAGACCGUUCAUCCUCUGCGCCAAACGUACACCUCAACACCAUUGAGCAGGUCAAUAUUGAUGGUCUGAUCCGUGAUCAGGGUCUACCACGCAAUGACGGAGCCCCCUUGACGCAGCCGAUCAGGUGCCUCAGGAAGUACCGCUCCCGGACUCCCAGCCCUUUGUUGCAAUCUUACCCCAAUGACCUUGUCUUUGAUUUUGAGCCUGGUCCUGUAUUCAGAGGGUCCACGUCGGGGCUCUCUGCCACUCCGCCAGCUUCGCUGCCUGGUUCUCUGAGUUGUGUCAAAACGCUGCAGAAAUCACCUGGUACUCAGCCACGGGAGAGGAAAUCGUCGUCCUCAUCAUCCGAAGACCGGAAUAAGAUGAAAACUCUGGGUCGAAGGGACUCCAGCGAUGACUGGGAGAUAUCAGAAGGACAGAUCACAUUGGGUCAAAGGAUAGGAUCGGGCUCAUUUGGAACAGUGUAUAAGGGAAAGUGGCACGGGGAUGUUGCAGUGAAGAUGUUGAAUGUUACAGCUCCAACGCCACAACAGCUACAAGCCUUUAAGAAUGAAGUGGGAGUCCUCAGAAAAACCCGGCAUGUGAACAUCCUCUUAUUUAUGGGUUACACCACAAAGCCUCAGCUCGCUAUCGUCACACAGUGGUGUGAGGGCUCCAGUCUGUAUCACCACCUUCACAUCAUCGAGACCAAGUUUGAGAUGAUCAAGCUCAUCGACAUUGCCCGUCAGACUGCCCAGGGCAUGGACUACCUACACGCGAAGUCCAUUAUCCACAGAGAUCUGAAGAGUAAUAAUAUUUUUCUACAUGAAGACCUGACUGUGAAGAUUGGAGAUUUUGGCUUGGCAACAGUAAAAUCACGGUGGAGUGGCUCCCAUCAGUUUGAGCAGUUGUCUGGUUCUAUCCUGUGGAUGGCACCUGAGGUGAUCCGAAUGCAAGAUAAGAACCCGUACAGUUUCCAGUCCGAUGUCUAUGCGUUUGGGGUGGUUCUGUAUGAGUUGAUGAGUGGACAGUUACCCUAUUCCAACAUCAAUAACCGAGAUCAGAUUAUCUUCAUGGUUGGCCGAGGAUAUCUGACCCCUGAUCUCAGCAAGGUGCGCAAUAAUUGUCCAAAGGCAAUGAAGAGAUUAAUGGCGGAUUGUCUGAAGAAGAAACGUGAUGAGCGCCCUCUGUUCCCUCAGAUUCUUGCCUCGAUUGAGCUGCUGGCCAGGUCCUUGCCAAAGAUUCAUCGCAGUGCGUCGGAACCCUCGCUCAAUCGGGCCGGCUUCCAAACUGAGGACUUCAGCCUGUACACGUGUGCAUCCCCAAAGACCCCCAUCCAGGCUGGAGGCUACGCCGGAGAGUUUACUGCGUUCAAAUAGAUGGGAACUUCUUACCACCGGCCGGAGCAGGGGUUUGCUGUUGUGUCUCGUGUCCUCCCAGUUGUUUCGGGGUUUAAGCCUGCAAACAGAAACUACAGCUGCUGCCCGAGCUGCUGUUUUGUAUUGUUUUCAAGACAGACUCCGCCAACCAAUUUCUGCAAAGCUGUUAGUUCUAAAACUGCCUGAUGCACAAAUGUGAGUUCCCCUUGAAGCAGCUGUAGCUGUUUGUCUCCCUGCCCGAAGGAGGGCGGCGGCGGAGGAAGAAACGGUUUCUCUGGACGCUGUUUGCAGUUACUGGGGAGAGGGACAGUGGCCAGCACGAAGAGGAAUCUUUGAUAAUCACGGGACCAUGGGGAGGUUGGCUGCAGCUGUCGCCUGCCCCCUGCGAUUGUCUCCCUGCCCCAGACUGGGUGUGCAAUCACCUGAUUCAAGAGGAGGAGAGGCCCCGUUACAAUAGAGCAGGAAUGCCGUGAAACGGCCACAGUGGCCGCUGUCCCUUGCUCACCCCUACAAUGAGGCACAGAGACACUUUUAUUUAUGUAUAUUUUAUAAUUUAUUCAUUCUUUCCUGUGAGAGCUGAGCACAUUCUUCCUGCCCCACCCUCCCGUACUGCUGUUUUUGUCUUGGAUAAUCCAUUGGUUUCUGCCUUCAGGAAGGGGAAGCAGACUGAGGGCGCUCUCUGUUCCGCUGUAGAAGAUCCCACCCUGUUCAGUGAACGUUACUUCCUCUCUCUCUCUGCUGCUGCUCACCUCCCACUGGGUGAAAACAGUUUGCUUUCUUUGCCCUUGCCCACCUCCAGGUCACAGGGCAAAGGUCUCAUCCUUGACCCUUUCUGUGGGACAGCGUUUUCAGUGCAGACCAGAGCCAGGGCAAAAGAUCACAAUCUGUCUCUGAGACUGUGUGUAUCGAAGGGCUUGAGGAAUCUGAAGGGUUGUCGUAUCAACGUGUAAUGGACUUGACUGUGAUGCCAUCUGCUGUGGAUUAGCUUUCUGAUAGUCACCAUUGAGGCUUGCAGGCACAGGACGUCACAGGAAGAAAAGGCUUUUAUUGAAGACCGUGGGCCCCCUGGCCUUGUGCAGGAUACAGCUGACCCUUCCCUGUGGCCAGUCUCAAGCAGGAUUGCAUUACUUACUCUGGGGGAGGGACGGUGGAAGGGAGGGUCCACUUGUCUGAAGGCAAUUUGAAUUACCCAUAGAUAGAGUGUGGUGCUGGAAAAGCACAGCAGGUCAGGCAGCAUCUGAAGAACAGGAGAGUCGACGUUUUGGACAUAAGCCCUUCAUCAGGAAUUGCCUGCGGCCCAGGGUUUUGGAUCUGAUUGUGGAUUGUUCAGUUGGUCCUGUCAAUAGUCAGUAGAGCUGAAUGAACAAGGAAGCUCCUGUUGGAUCUGACACCACUCCCUACCCUUUUCCAGUUUCCUGCCACUUGUCAGUUAUUGAAUAGUCAAAAGAAGUGAACAGACACUGAUCCUCAUCCCUUUAAAUGUCAUUUUCUCAUAAUUCAGAUCCAACUCUCUUGCAUUUUCUGCUUAGUCCAAAAAGGUUUGAAACCAUUGCAUAAAGGUUGUACUGUUUAAGCUCCUGUAUGGUGAUGAGACCCAGAUGACAGGGAACCAUUGGCUGGGUGGGUUCAAUACCAAUGCGAGUAGAAACCUGCUCCCAGAAGGAUUGAUGCAUGACACCAGCUCAGUACAUUCCUGAGGCUGGACAGGGCUAUGCUCAGCACUGUCCAUGGUGCUGAUCUUUUUGUGCUGCUCACCAGACAGAGGUAAUUUGCUCUGCUAACUUAUUCAACACAGCGGAGGUAUAGCAUUCCAGCACUACAGUGAGGAAGAUAAAAGGAGUGUGGUGCCUGUAUCCAGUUUUAUUUAUUUAUUUUAACAGACUUGAACAAUAACAUCUGAAUCUAUGUGAAAGAGCUAAAGUGUGCUGCUUCAUUACUUUUCAAAUUAGAAGCUUUCCAAGAGAAAGUACUCUUGCACAACCCUUAAUUCUCAGCAUGAGCCUUUGGCUGCUAUCUCAUACACAUGCAGCAUAUUAGAAUAGCUUGAUUAAAAUCAGGGCCGUCAACAAUGCCGUCAACUCCAUUUUACUGCCAAAACUCCUCCUCCUUCCCCCCCAAAGAUACUUGUUUGGGAGGAAGGAACAGUGAGGGACUUGGAGACUGAGCAUUAAAAUUCUAGCUGAAAUCUGCUACAUACCAGACUUGUACAUCUUUGUUUCUGGAAACAGCCCAUGUGACAGUCAGAACGGUCUAUUUUUAAAAAACCUAAAAAUCAUAUGUCCACUUUGCUGGGCCUGGACAAACACUAUUGGGGGCAUUUCUAGAUCGAUCGAAGUCUCCACUGCAAGUUGGACCUUAUGCUUAAAUUUACCCCUUUAAAAACACCAACCCUCGGACAAACUGAACCAGUGUAAAGACAGCCCAGCAUCUUGUCCUUCUCCUGGUUACAAAUCUUACAAGAGUGAGCAAGUGCUAGUGCCGUUCAUCCACAAGGUGGUGUAUCCAUUGUACAGUGCUUUGCCAAGAGGUUGCAAGCACCUGGCAUGAGCAUUUAGCUCUCUCGCUGUCUGGAUCCUGCCCACAGCUGUAUAGACCACUUCCAGCUAUCACUGUCAGCAAGCUGUGGCCAUCAAUAUCACAGUGGCUGCAAUGCAGCAGCGAGAUACUAAGUGUUGGACAGUCCAUCCCUUUCCCUACCUAAGGUGAUAACUGGUGACCUGCUGGGGGUUUUGCUCUGAUUUAGCUGAACUUCACAACUGCUUUUAAAAAAACGUGUACAAAGUAAUCCCUGUGCAUUAAUGCUCAAAAUGUGACUCACUUGGCUUUUGGAGAUACUUUGCUUCCGAUACUGGAGUGUAAACAGGGCAGAGUGUCACCUUCUGUUCCUGUUGCCCAGUCCAUUGGUGAAACAGUUGAAAGCACUUGGAAGAACAUCUCUAUAAAACAGGGUGACCAAACACGGAGUCACAGCAUGAGUAGCUGUGAGGGGUAAGGGGUAGGGAAGUCAGGGAUUGCAUGGCAAAAAUAAGCUUCAGCAAUGUAUGUUUUAAAAGCAUUCCAUUCCUGCUCAAGAGGAGGUGCAGGUACGAUGGAAUCUGACCGGAGAGGGAGCUGACCCAUCUUUGUAAAGCUGGUGAUGUCUAAGAGUUAUUUACUCAUCCCACACACAACCCUGACAGUUUUUCUUUUGGUACAGCUCAUACCAACUAGACCUUGUUACACAUUACCUUUGACAAAUUCCUGUCCCAGACAAUUACCAAAACUGUAAUUCCAGUGCCAUAUCCACUUCACAUGGGGCAGCAGGCUCCUGUUUAGAGGAAGAGAAAGGUCAAAGUCCCACUUUCAUGUCUGUUUUAAGAUUAGAGCAAGGAUUGCUUCACAGUCAAAAAAAAAAUCAGCCUCAUCUUGGAUCAGUGUAAAGACUAAAUGUAUUGUCAUUGCAUAUGGCUCCCUCCCCCAGUACCUUCAAUUCUCACCUGUAAAUUUGUACAAUGGAAUAUAUUGUCAGUUUGCUAUAGAGCAUGGAUACAAAAUUUUGAUAGAUAAUUCAAAAACCUUAUUGUGUAAAGUUAUUUAAAAGACUGUAUUAUAAAAGUUCUAUGUAUGUGAAUAUGGGAAACACUAUAAUAAAGGACCUGCAUGGACUCUG